AUGGUUAAUGAACUUGUUGACAAUGCUGGUGAAAUAAUUGACCAUCCAAAUAUUGUAUUUCCUUUGGCAAGUGAGGUCAAAGCUCCUGGAAGACCUAAGUACGUCAAAAGAAAAACUGCUCUCCCAAAGGACUUUGUCCAUCACAAGCACAGAUAUCUCCUCGUGCAAAAGAACAAAAAUGAUAUCAGAAGUAUUUUGAAAGAAGGACUUAAAGAAGUGAUGAAGGAGUUCUUAGAGGGGGAGCCUCUCAAAAAAAUCAUAAAAGAAAUAAAAAAAGAAACCCAAUUCGCUGAAAAACAAGAGCCUCUUGAAGAAGCUAAAACAACCAAUUUCGCUAAAAAGCAAGAGUCUCUUGAAGAAGCUGAAAAAUAUUUCUCUGGAAUUAAAAGACCUAAACAUCUCCAAGACGACUACUGGUACGAUUUGCCUAGUCCAAAAAAACAAAACAAAAAUGUGUAUGACUUUGCUCUGCCUGCUCAAAUCGAACAAGCUGCCAUUUUGUUGACGUUUAACCCCAAGUACAAUGGUUGGUGCGGUUUCCGUGUAUUUGCACACCUGAAAGAGGGUGGAGAGGAUCAGUUUCCUUUGGUGAAGAAGAAGAUGUUGGCCACGAUGGCAACCCAUGGUAAACUUUAUGAGCACAACUUUGGCAUGGAUGUUGCCAAAGUGACAGAGAUCAUUGCCUUUGGCUCCGAGAUUGACCCUGCUCUUGGGGAAAAUAUCCCAUCUUGCCCUUCCUCUAUGUGGUUCUCUGCACCAGACUGUGCUCAGAUAAUAGCUGACACCUAUAACAAGCCUGUUUGUGUGUACUCUGACGAUUGGAGCGUCUUGUCUGUAACUUUCCUUCCCCUCCAUGAUCAGAAGCCUCUCAAAAGAAAGUCAUUGCCGAUGGUCUUGCACCAUGUACAUGGGUGCCACUGGACAACAAUUAAAGUGAAGCCUCAUGUACAUCGGUCCUGGCCUGAGUACAAAGUCUGUGCAUUUAUAAGCAAUCUGAUUAAGAUCUUCAUCCAAUCACAGACGUGA